AUGGGCCGGGAUCAGUUCCUCUACGUACAAGUUCCGCUUGGCGUCUUCUUCGAUAACUUCAUCGGCAGCGAGCUCCCCGCUAGAUGUUCCAGGCCGUUCGUCAAGAGUGUGGCCACAAGGCGUGGCGCCAAGGGACGUGCGAACGCAAGGUCGAUCAAGUCCGGAGUCCUAUACGAUGCACUCAACACGGCACUGGGCGAUUCUCCGUAUCGUUUCAAAGUCGUUCCAGAGGCACACAACGCGACGGCCUUCGCCCCGGCUGCUGCACUGUUCAAAAAUCCGGAGGCAGUAACGGCGAAGAACUAUUGGGCGUGGAUGGUCUCCCCGGUCGAGGUGGUCACAGACGAAUCCACGGCGGCAUUCCACUUUUGCCCUCCCGAAAGCUCCGGAAAGGAGAUAAGCAGUGAGGAGUUACCGUUCCUGGUAGAAACGGCUCCUGGACAUGAAGCACGGCGAACGCUCGAGGAGUGCAUCUCCGAAAUUCUCCUCCAUCAGCACCGCACACAUAUCUUCAUGCUCCACAUCUCUCAGUCUGCGGCUCGUUUGUCUCGCUGGGACCGGGCUGGUUGUAUCGUGUCUGUGCCUAUCGAUCUGACUCGCGAACUCUACAAACUGCAGAAUGCCGUGUUUCAGCUGGCUUACCUUUCGCCACUGGACCAGGGCUUCGAUGACCAGGUCAAGCUGGCCACGUCCCAGCAGAUCAAGAAGCUUCGGAAGUACAACCCCAGGAAUAUGUACCUCGCGCAGCAUCGCAACAAUAUUCUCGCUAACGCGGAGGAAUAUCCGAUCUACGAGAUCAGUUGCCCGGCUAUAAGUACUGAAUUAGCCGAUGACUUGACCAAGCUGAGGCAGCGCUUCCCGAAUAUGGCGGGAUUGGGUCUGGAUGGUGAAGAUUCCGACGAGGAUAGCGAAGCAGGACUCCUGCGCAUCAACAUACCCUUCCCACGCAAGAUGAAGAAGUACCUCAUCGGCCGCCCAGUCACGACCCGUCGCCCGCUCGCAGGACGCAGCACGGUGGGAUAUGUCGUCUACGACCUUGCGGAAGACCGGAUGUCGUUUCUCAAGGACCAGUGGCGUUGGCUAGACGAGAUGCGGUCCGAGCUCGACACCAUCAAGUACAUCAGGGGGCGUGGUGUCUUGGGCGUCGCGCGGCUCGAGGCCGGCGGCGACAUCGUGCACCACCGGACGCAGUCGCAGCACUUCAUGCAUGGGCUUCCAUUCAGCGACAAGGCGGUGGCUCGUAUUCACAUACGCUUGGUCACCAGCAACGUGGGUCGUCCUCUGGGAACGUCCACGUCCGGUUCGGAGCUGCUGCGCUACGUUGCAUGCGCUCGAUACGCACACGAAUGUGCGUGGAAGUCCGCCGGCGUUCUUCACCACGACAUCAGUGACGGCAAUAUCCUGAUAGACGUCGAGAGCGACGAUGCGUUUCUGAACGAUUGGGAUGUUGCCAUGUUCCGGGACUACAUCAAACGCAAACAUGAACGAGACGCCUUCUCCGGUACGUGGGCAUACGCUUCUGCUCUCGUUCUGCAGUACCCGAAGAAACCUGUCGAGGUCGAAGACGACGUCGAAGCCUUCAUCUGGCUCAUCGUCUAUAUCGCCAUGCGCCUCUACAAGCACAACCUCUCGAAGACGCCUGCCAAGUUGGCCGAUCUUACGAAUAAGCUUUUCUACGAAGAAGAGAUCGACGAGUAUGGAUACCGAGUCGGUGGCAAGACGAAGAUGUCCUAUAUAGACCACGGCAAGCCUCCCAUCCAGCUGGAAGAUCGCAAGUCCCCCGUUGCGAUAUUCCUCGACCAGGCAUUCAAGCAUCUCCAGGAGGUGUACGCUAAGAUCGACUACAAGGCAAUCGCUCACUGGAAGGGCUCUCCGCGCGGAACGGGCCGGCAUGCGCCUCGCUACUCGAGCAAGGGUGUACUGGAUGGCCUGAGCCAUGAGGCGCUAAACAAAAUGCUGUACACGGCGUGCAACUAUAGGAAGGAGCAGCUCCGAGGUGAGGCUUCCAGGCUAGCCAGAAAUCUUCCGGACAUGGUCCAAGCUCUAGCUAGUCUUGCCAUGAAUGAGUGAUAGACGGUAUUUGACAGAGGAAUAAAAU